AUGUCCGACGACAGCGACGAGAUUUGUGAGAUUGAACUGGCGAGGCAAGAGGUUAGGUAUGACAUGCCGCCGGAGGAAGAGCAGGCCGCCGGUUACUCUACCGACGGCAGCACUCGUCCGAUCCUGCCUCGUCCCCCUGCUGCGGCCGGAGAGGACAAUACCACGCCCCCUGGUGAUGAGAUUGAGGAGCCCAGACUGACAUUCAAGGAUGUCAAGAAUGCCCUAUCCAACUCACAGUUCCUUACGAGGACUGUCUUCUUUGCUGCUACCGCCUAUUUCAUGGUGAUACUUCAGCAGAGGCCUAAUGCUCCAGCUCUAAUGAAGCAUACUCCUAGCAUCACCAAUCGCAUGCAAUUUGAGUUUAGUGUGGAGAUGGUGUUGGCCUUCAGCAUGGUCACUGGGCUCCAUAUUGUUCUUCAACUACUGGAGUUUGUCUACACGUCGGCACCUAGGAUCACAAGAGGAUUUGCUCUGAUUGGUCCCUGGAGCCUGAAGAUUAAGGAGAACUCCAUCAUAGAGGUCUAG